ACUAGCUCCUUCUACCUCUAUCACCAACAAAAAGAAAUGGGCUCUGAAGUUCCUCUCAGGCUUCCCACCAUUGAUUUCUCCAAGCUAGGGCUGAACCCCACCGACUCUGUCGAGUGGGAAUCGGUGAAAGCUCAAGUCCGGCGAGCCCUGGAAGAGUAUGGCUGCUUUGAGGUUUUGUUCAGCAAAAUCCCUUUAGAGCUUCGAAAGGCCAUAUUUGGUGCAUUGGAAGAGCUUUUCAACCUCCCUCUACAAACUAAGCUAAAAAACUCUUCUAAGAAGCCCUUCCAUGGCUACGUAGGGCAGUAUCCGAUGGUGCCCCUCUACGAGAGCAUGGGCAUUGAUGAUGCAGAUGACCCCGAAAAAGCUGAGGGCUUCACUAAUCUCUUAUGGCCCGAAGGAAACCCUACUUUCUGCAAAACUGUACAAUCCUUCUCGGAGCAAGUUUCGGAACUUGAUCAGAUGAUUAGGAAAAUGGUUCUGGAGAGCUUGGGCGUAGAGAAAUACCGUGAUGAACACUUGGAGUCAACAAACUACCUUCUUCGAGUGAUGAAAUACGAAGGUCCACAAACCAGUGAGACCAAGCUUGGGCUAAAUGCACACACUGAUAAGAACAUAGUGACCAUAUUGUAUCAGAAUCAAGUUGAAGGACUAGAGGUGCAGACCAGAGAUGGGCAAUGGAUCAAUGUCAACCCCUCGCCUGACUCUUUCAUAGCCAUGAUCGGAGAUUCUCUCUAUGCAUGGGCAAAUGGUCGACUGCAUUCUCCCUAUCAUCGGGUGAUGAUGACUGGAAAUGAGACGAGGUACUCGGUGGGAUUGUUUUCGAUCCCAAAAGCUGGGUAUGUGAUAGAAGCCCCUGAAGAGCUGGUUGAUGAAGAAUACCCUUUACUGUUUAAGCCCUUUGAUCAUGUCGAGUUCCUCGGUUUCUACUACACUGAGGCGGGACAGAGAGCUGAAUCUGCCCUGAAGACUUACUGUGGUGUCUGAGAUCGAUCUGGAAAUUAAAAAAACACAAAUAAUUAAGCACCUUUUUGUUGUAUACUUUUCUUGGCCCUAAAAUUAAGUUGGAUAUAUGUAUUAAUUAUGUAUAAUUUGCUUGCCUUGUGGUUUUAUAGGAGUAAAAUUGUG